AUGUCUUUGCCUUCGACGUUGCUCAUGAAGUCGAUUGAAAUUUUCCAUGAGAUCGAAGUUACGGUCGACACGGUAGACAGGAGCAGGAGCUGGGGCAGGGACAGGCAGGAGCUGGGGCAGGGCAGGAACACAGCAGGAGCAGGAGGUGAUAGCCACCAAAUCCUGGAGGAUAGACAAUGGGAGGAGGAGGACCAGGAGGAAAUAGCCAAAGCCUGGAGCAGGAUAUGUCAGCAACAGUCAAAGUUUUCAAUCAAAAUACACAUACCAUAUGGGGAGCAUCUGGUGCUACAGGGGCAGGAUCAUUUUGCGGUACACGUCGUGCAGGAGGCGAGCCAAGAUUACGUUGAUUUCUCUCAGCAUGACGUGCAGCAGACUGGGCUCGUUGAGGGGAAGUCGGAAUCCAACAAAGUGGGUGUGUGUGGGUGGUCGAAGAAGUCUGAGCCUCCCGAGGUCAGGAUCGCGUCAGGAAAUCGACGUAUGACAGUGCUGAAGACAACAAAUGCUGUCCGAGAUAUUAUCCCAGGGGAUAGGAAGGCAACUGUGAGCAACUGCCAGAUAGAACACCCCAGUCAGACUCAACGCAAAAAAGCGUCCCGCCAACCAAAUCUCUGCACUGUAGUGCUAUCAGAGGUCCCAGCAAAAGCUGAUAGCAACCGGCAAACACCCGUAAAAACAGGCAGCCAGGGAGGACAGUCUUUGACAACUGCAGAAGACGCCCGCAAGACUCCACGCACGUUCGUCUUGUAUACCCAAUUUCCCCCGUUCCUCCGUGGGAUUUGGGCCCAGAAACAAACAACAAACACACCACACAAACCUGCUCUCCAAAAGGGUCCAGGGGGGUCCAGGGGGGUCCAGGGGUCCAAGGGAGGUCCAAGGGAGGUCCAAAUCGUCCAAAAUGCGGUCCAAAACACAGCAGAAAAGCGAAAAUCACUAAUUUUUUUUGAAUUUUUCAAGUUAUUUUGGUAUUUAAAUAAGUAA